CCGCCUCCCCGCCCCGCCGCCGCCGCCAUGGCGGAGCGGAGCCGCGGCGCUCGGCGGCGGCUGCCGCUGCUGCUGCUGCUGCUCCUGGCCGGCUCCGCCGCCAGCCCGGCGGAGGAGGGCGGCGGGCGGCGGGAGGCGGGCGGCGGGGAGCACGGCGAGGAGGCGGCGCGGCACCACGACUCCUCGUACGGCACCUUCGCCAGCGAGUUCUACGACCUGCGCUACCUCUCCGAGGAGGGUUACCCUUUCCCUACUGCUCCUCCUGUGGACCCAUUUGCAAAAAUCAGAGUGGAUGACUGUGGAAAAACCAAGGGAUGCUUCAGGUAUGGUAAACCUGGAUGCAAUGCAGAGACUUGUGACUACUUUCUAAGUUACCGUAGAAUAGGUGCUGAUGUUGAAUUUGAGUUGAGUGCCGACACAGAUGGCUGGGUGGCAGUGGGAUUUUCCUCAGACAAGAAAAUGGGAGGAGAUGAUGUUAUGGCUUGUGUUCAUGAUGAUAACGGAAGAGUUCGAAUACAGCACUUCUAUAAUGUUGGGCAGUGGGCUAAAGAAAUCCAGAGAAAUCCUGCUAGAGAUGAGGAAGGGGUUUUUGAAAACAAUCGUGUAACGUGUCGAUUCAAGCGUCCAGUCUAUGUUCCCCGAGAAGAAACCAUCGUAGAUUUGCACUUGAGUUGGUACUACCUGUUUGCUUGGGGUCCAGCAAUCCAGGGUUCUAUAACUCGUCAUGAUAUCGACUCUCCACCUGUGUCAGAGCGUGUUGUCAGUAUUUACAAGUAUGAAGAUAUUUUCAUGCCAUCAGCUGCCUAUCAGACCUUCUCUUCUCCAUUCUGCUUGCUCCUCAUUGUUGCACUGACCUUCUAUUUAUUGAUGGGAACCCCAUGACCAAUGGAAAAUAGCAAGAAUUUGGCAGUGGAAGUUUCUCAGGAUGGACGGCAAUAUGGAUAGACAAUGCAUUUUUCUUUUGGAAUUUAUAUCACAUCACCAUCCUCAUCUAGCUGCUUUUGAACAUAGCUUCUCAGACGAGUGAAAUAACCAUCUUCCUUGAGUGGCAGAGUGGUGACAAAUCAUUUAAGAAAAUCAGUGAACACAUAGGAGAAUAUUUUCAGUGUUGUGAUUACUUGCUUGAGAAAAAAUGAGACUUUUGUAAAAUCUAUGUCUGUCUGUGUGUGCGUGUGUGUGUGCGUGUGUGUGUGUGUUUGGGAGGGAUGCCUGUAUGUGUGUUUAGGUGAAUUUAGUGAUGGACAUCUUAUCAAAUAACAAACUUGCCCUCCAUAUUGCUACAAAAAAGCAAAUUUGGGAAAACACUGCAAAGCUGUUUGGUACUUCUAGAGUGGAGGGCACAUCUCCAAGUGCAGUUUCUAAUCUUAAGAUCUGGAAACCAGCAGAGCAGGAUAAAACCUGUCCUUCAGUAGUGGAUAGUUCUCCCAAUUUCUUUUUUUUUUUUUUUUAAUAUUUAUCAAAGUGUACUUGCUCUAGUACUUUCCAAAACUAAAUUUGCAUAUUCAAGCAUUAGCAUGAUUUUUUUUUUCAACAGAAGGAGGUGAUGAAUAUCUUUAUUAUGUUUCAAUAGCCUUUUUGAAAGAAAUACCUACCUCUUUAAAGAGUGAGGUAUAAAGUUAUUUAAACAAGGGGAAGGGAGAAUACAGCAAUAUAAAUUCUCCAUACAUAGGAAAACCGUGUGUAAAACAUGCAGAACAUUAAAGUUCCCAAUAAGCCAUAGGAUGUCCUCCUAAGAGAUUAAAUCAAUUUUUCUCUUUUUAAGGAAAAAAAAUUGCUGUCAUGUAAAUAUAUUUUUACGUAAUUGUGCAGUAGUAUGAAGUAAUCUCUUCUUCUGUGUUGUAUGCCACUAAAUCCUGUUCAUGUUAAGGGUGACUAUGGGCAGCUGGUGUUAUCUUACAAAGACAUAUAAAUGAGAUUACUUGUAAGGAAAGACAGGGAUUAAUAAGAACAGCAGUAUCUUCAGUAUCUUUUGUUCAUCAAAUCACUGCUAAAAUAUAGGUAUUGUAAAAAAAGAUGAACUAAAAAAUAAAUACAUUUGCUGUUUUUAUCACCAAUAAAUAGUACAAGAAGAAUGCUAAAUAUUACAGAGAUGAAAAGUCAAAAUGCAUUUCUGAGCCAGAGACUAUAAUAAAAACUUGGAGUGAAGAAUUUCUGUUCUUCACAUAACAGGAAGUGUAUGACGUGUUUACAUGUAGCAGUCAAAUGUAUUUAGGUAAGGUUACUCAUUCACUUUCCAACUUAUACUAAAAUUCUACUUAAGUAGAAUUAAAAUAUAAGGAGUGCCAAAGUUUUAUCUAAUGUGAUACACUUGAGGACUUCCUAGCAUAGAAUCUGGUAAAGUAUAUGUAAUGUAACUUCUUUCUAUUCUCAUUGCUGCAUGGAGUAUAAAAUGAUUAAUUAGCCUGGUUGGGUUUGCAUCAUUAUUCACAGAUUGAUGUCUGUAGACUUAAGUUUUUUUAGACUUAGAAUUCUUCAAACUUAUGCUUAAGGUAUAUUAAUUAGAUUGAAGAUGAACUUAUCUUCAUACAAACACUUUAUCCCUAUUUCAAAAAAAUUGAUUAAUAUUUUAUAUUUUCACUGAUGUCUUUAAGGAUUUGUUCACUUAAAAUUACUGGACUAGAGUUCAGGAAAGGGAAGAGAAAUUCAUAAGUGAACUUCUAAAGUGCAUACAGAAGCUUUAUUUAGUGUAAAUUACUUCUCUCAGGUUGGUUAACUUACUCAUCAUCUGAUCAAGUAGAGACCACCUAAUAAGGUCUGCUUUGGCCCACAACAGCUGUGUAAUUUAGCCUUAAGUUUGGCUGGAGCAGAUAAGAAGAAGCCUGGAUAAUGAGCUUUACAUUCAGCAAACAGGUGAAGUGAAGAAAUCAUUAGGGUAAAUUCUUUCAGGCAGCUGAGAUAUUGCAGUUCUUUCUCAAAGCCUGAGGGUUGCUUUAGUUUAUGGCUUGGUUUUUACUGUUUCAGCCAUUUACUUAUUACCCACUAAAGGGCUAAUAUAAUUAUUUAAAGGUACUGAACUUGCCAGUUUGGCUUCUCUUUUCUUCUUUAAUAGAGCUCUGGAUUUAGGAUAGGCUGGUUGGACCUGAGCAUGCAGGUAUGUUAUAGAUGACAAUAAUAAUAUCAAGGUAAAAUUGUGUGACAACUGUCAAUCUGCUUUCAAUGUAUAAGGAGUCAGAUGUGGUUAAAGUUCAGGAUUUGAAGCAAGAGCAAAGUAUUUUACAUUAUUUUUUAUUACUUUGUCAGAUUACUUGUCAGUGUGCUGUGUUUUUGUUGUAUUUUUCUCUUGUUGAAGUACUAGCAGAAAUGUGCACUUCUAAAAAAUCUUUCAACUAAGCUUCACAGUACUUAAUUAGCCUAAUAAAGUGUUUCUAAUCAAAGGGAUGACAUAAAAGGCCACAAGAAGCAGCAAAACAACCUAUUAUCUGGCAUCGAAAUGGAUGGUUGAGUUUAGCUCUGAGUUUAUCUAAGAGUUCCUCUUCACAGUGGGAAAGUCAGGACUGUGGAAUUCAAGUUGACAAACAAUGAAGGUAUGAGUAUCUAGAAGUUGGUAUUUGGGAUGAAAUCUGAGGAGAGAAAGGUUACAAGGGAAACAUGGUAUGUAAGUUUGUACAAUACUUGGUAAGUCUUAAUAUUUGAGUGGGCAUAGUAACUUCUCAUGGAGACUAUUUUUGUUUUCACAUGUUGUCUUCUUGUUUUUCUUUUUAAUACUGAAAAGCAAGAUUUAUCCCUGUUACACAAAGUUACUAUAAAGUAACAGACUUCAAAGUAAUUUUUGAUUAUGGCAUUUCAAAUAUUUUUUGUUUAUUAUUUUUUCUAACUGACUGGUACUAACACAAACUAGAAGAAAAGGUGUGCUUUGGAAAAGGAGGCAGAUAUUUCCCUCUCCAAGUAAUUUUUUGUUUCUGUAGUGUGAUUACUACCAAACAACUAUUAAGGAACACAUUUCCUAAGUGCUUUAAUUUUAAGAAUUUCUUUCUGUACAAUGACUUCAUAGAGAGGCAUUGAGUUUAAAGAGGGCAUAUUUAGAAUAUUGUGUAUGGAAAUUUGACUGUGGUUACUAAUUAGAAAGGAUUUUUUUUUUUUAAUUUUUUUUUUCCUAUUACUGGUAUCAAAUAACUGGGUUAUUUUAGGUAGAGGUGAGAUGCUAAUUUGUUUCCCCCCUCAAAAAAAACCCAAAACCACCUGAUUUGGUUAUGUCAUUGGAUAACUGGUGAUAAUGCCUUCUAUUAUUACAAGUGAAGUAUUCUGUUUUUGAAAGAGAACAUAUUGUUGAGAAAAGUUUGAACUCCCUCUGUGGCCUUCUUUGUCUUGAUGGGUUUUGCACUACUUGGAUAGUAAGAAAAUAACACUUGUGGACUCCCUAAUUUGAAGAAACCCCCAGUUUGGCUUAAAUGAUGUUAAAGCUGUGUUUGGCACUGACUUUCCCAAUCUUCAGUACAGGGAUUGAAGAAUGACUGGGGUGUGGCGUACAUCAGCAUGGCAUCCAGGCAGUGGUCUUGAAGCUCACUUGGGGCACCAUAUCCUGGGUCUGAACCAACAAAAGAGCCCUGUAACUGCCUCUGUGUACUAAACAGCUGCACAGUUAUUUCUUAGUUACUGCUAUAACUAAUACAACUGCUAUAAGUUUAAGGGAAGACACAGGUCUUCCUUUUCUUUUUUUUUUUCCUUCUCCUUUCUCAUCCCUCCAAUGCAUGAGACAUUUGUAAAAAAGAAAAUUAUUCCUGUUUUAAAGGGUAGCUCCUCUGUCUGGUCUUUCAGGUAUUUUCUGUGUCUGUUGGAAAUUCGCACUCUUCAGUACUCCAGAGGCAGAAUUAAAGUUUAUAUGCAAGUUAUAUAACUUUAAUAGCAUUUAAAUGGCAUUUUGUGACUCUGUGGUUUCAUUGAUUUGGCACACUUGGUGUAGCAGGUGUACUUCUCCCCACCCUCCUUUUGUUUUAGCAGCUCCAAAUAAUUUCCCCAAUGUAAAGUAUUUGAUAAUAGACAUAACAAGAAGGAAAUAUGUAUUUCAGAGAAUUACAAAAGGCCUAAUACCAGUUAUUUUCAUAAGUAACUAUUCUGUUAGUGCUUUAUACAAAUGAUGACUUUGCAUAGAGCCUUAGAUUUAUGAUAGGAUAAGAAAUACUUUUAAAUAUUACAGUGUUUCAGUGCUUCAUGGAGCUAUGGACGUGCAUAGCUUACAUGAAUUGAUGUGAUCCUUUUCAACCCCAUGUAAUGAAACUGGCAAAGCAGUUUGCUUGGAUGCUACACAGUGAGCUGUUGGUGACUCCAAACAGUUUGGAACAGAGGAAUGGAGAGACCAGUAGUAAGGACAAAUAACAGGGAAAGGGAACGGAAUGGUUUUGGCAUACUUCCUAUUUUUGUAUAAAUUUACAUGUGGCAGUGCCUGUCUGGCACUCUUUAUCCAAGCAAAUAUUACUUGAUAUAGGGUUAGGAAGGAAUAGAGACUGACUUCAAAGAUAUUUUUGCCUUUAGGCAGGUCCCAGCUGUUUAAGGGCAGAUGUGGGCAUCAGGUAAGACCAUGGCACAAGAUGUCCUCUGCUGUCAAGCCCCAAGUUAAGAGUUGGAGGCUUGAUCUGGCCUUCAGAGGUACAAAAACCCAGCAAGACCCCAGAGGCAAUACUGCAGCAGGGAGUACCUGCUCAGUUGGUAGAAUCGUCAGUGAGCAGGUACUCCCUGCUGGCUGCAGUCUCAGAAUCAAAAGCUGUGGGCUCUAAAUCUUAACAGCUUUGUACAUUAGGUCCUCCAAUUAAAAUUUAAUUCUCAGUAUUUCUGUAGCAGUCUCUUUGGGCAGCUUUUCCUCAACCUGCCCAGGACAGAGAUGGAUCUUAACAGGAAGAUUUAUAAAGAAAAUGUCAAGUCCUUGUGCACAAAAAUUAAUAAAUAAUUUUUUAACCAUAUUCCAGCUUUUUACAUUUUUUUCUUUAUCUGGUUAUUUAUAUGCAGUUUUUAUGUUGAGGUAUCUGAUUUUUGCAAAUACUUAGUUAGAUUUAGGUAAGCUUCCUUUUCUAAACAAUUUUUAUUAAUGUGAAGAAAUCACUUUGGUAACUUUUUUCAAUUUUCACAGUAGGUUUGAUAAAAUUAUAUAUGCUUAAACAUGGUUACUUAACUUGCCUAAUUUGGGCUCAGAUAGUGAGGCAAAAGCAGUGCAAUUUUGAAAUGUCAGAGAGGAUGUGUGCAGCUUAUGGAUUUGAUAGGUGUGAAAAUGCAGACUUAAAAGAUAUUACUUGCUUUGAAAGUCAAUGUUAUAACUUGGCAGUAGCAAUGAAUAUGCUGUAAAGAAAGGGACAGAUUUUUUUUCCCUUGGAUUACUGUGAUAGUCUAUGAAUUCUAGACUAUCUCAAGUUGGAAGAAAUCCAUAUGGAUCUUAGAGCCCAAAACCCACCGUGCUCCUCACAGGACUGCCUAAAACUAACCCACAUGACUCAGAGCAUCAUCCAGAUGCUCCUUGAACUUCCCUGUUCCAGUGACUGGGCACCCUCUUAGAGAAGAAUCUUUUCCUAAGGUCCAUCUGAACUUCCCCUGACAUGGUUCCAUAGUAAUUCACAACUGUUGCUUUUGACCUUUCUCUGUGUUUCUUAGCUAAGUAGCAAUGUUCUUCCAAACCAAUCUGAGGUUGGAAUAAGUGCAGGACUUCACAUCCUGUAUCUUAGAACAGCUGCUGCACCACAUAGGCUCGUUCUGAUCUGCAAUUAAAGGCUAAUUAGGAAUGUCCUUACAAUAUGAACUUUCAUGUGCAUUCUUAAGACGUUUUCUAUAAAGGUGUUUUACUCUUUAUAGACUAGAGCAUUAUAAAAUUACCAGUACUUUUCUGAGCUAUUUCUAAAUGAUUCUUAAAUUAAUAUUUGCAUUUUUGAAGAAGUAAUUGGAUUUUUCAGAAGUGCUGAGCAGCUGCAAAUCUAUUAUGGCUCCAAUGCUUACUCAGGGAUGUGAACAUUUUAUGGUAACUUGUGAUUUAGCUUCAUAUCUCUCUUAGUUUUGACAUUGAGUUUCAUUUGCUAUGGUGGUAUUGUUAGAAGUAAAUAAAUGAAAAAUUCUAUUAGGUUUUGUGCAAAGGAAUAAAAAUAUUCCUGCUGUUUUUUCACAACAGUGAUCUGUAAGGUUUAGAUAAUGAAAUGCAUUAUUCACAGAAUUAAUGUUUAGGCAAUGUGAUUUAGCUGAAGGUAUUUGUGCAUGCAUGUAAAGUCUGAGAAUUAUACAAGAUAGGCUAAAUUCUGCUCUGGAGACAAGACAAAACACAGAACCUUACACCUCCCUGACUCCUAGCUGAUUUUGGGGAGACAGAAUGAUUGAGGAAGAAAAUAUAUAAACCUGAGAUAUUACAUGUGUGGGGAUAUUACAUGUUUGCAAUUGUUAUAUACAUACCUUCUUUCUUCAAUACAAAAAUUAGCCUCACAGUCUUAGAUGUAUUACAGUCUUUUUUUCACUUUUUUUCAUACAAGCUGUAACAAGAAUAAGUUCAAUAAGUCAAAAGAAUGCUGUCAUAUAGAGUAUUAGGGUAAUAGGAAAGGAAGAACAGAUGUCACAGUUAAACCUAGGAGGAAGAAAAAUCUUAUUUAACUCCAGAAUAUGGUAUCUGCUUCUGAAAUAGUUGACUCCUCACAUAGAAAGCAAUGGGUUCUUUUUCAAUUUUUUACCUUUGGUGAUAUGAAACAAAUGACAAAUAUGGAAAUAUAAAAAACUACCACAAUAGAAUUUUUAAAGCUGGAAUUAUGAUUUAAGUCUUGACAAAGAGAUUCAAAGAUGAAAUUUCAAACCUAUUAACUCAUUAUAAAAAUGCAAUAGUGGGACCUUGACAUUUGUAUGUGAUGUUCCCAGCUUUUAUUUAGGCAGAUAUAUUUUUUAGCAUGUUGAGUUCCAUUUAGGUUAUAACUGAUGCCUGAUGUGUCUUGGUAUUUCUGAUGUAUAUAUCCUGAGAUCUGGUUUGCUUUAACCUCUUUGCAAAUAAGUAGUCUGUCAUAAUUGUGUGAACUCUUGCCACUUGUUUCUUAUUACAUGAAGUAUAACGGUUGAACCCAAAAUGCCAUCUCUACCUUUUUACUUUAUUCAGUUCUUUGUCAAGACUAAUAUACAGAUAAAACAUACAAAUAAGAGACUUCUAACUAUGGUGUUAAGUAGUGUUCUGCAUUCUCUAUGCCAGGCUUCAUUCUGUAUGCCAAUACCCAGCAGCCAUGUCAAGUCAAUGAGCAUUUGGUUGGAUAGGAGUGCAGAAUGGAGGUUUUGUAGUCCAGAAGAAUUUGCCAAACUUCUUUGUGUUCUAGUCUUUUGAGCAAAAAUAACACUGAAUGAAUAGAUAAUGAAAUUACAGUGACCUAUGGGACUACUUUACAAUCAGUGCAUGCCCUAAAGUGUUGCUUUGUAAUAUCUGUUUUAUACUAAAUGUUGGUGUUCAAGUGAGCCUUGUUAACUAUCUGACAGUGACAGACAAUGAUAUUUAUAAAACUGUUGCAAUAAAUGCCUUUUUAGUCUAAGAAAAUGUGUUGCAUGGCAUUUAUAAAGGGGGGAAAAAAGUUUCCAUGAGGUUAAAGAAGUCUCUAUGCUGCCUAUGUUAAUAAUUCCUUCCUGUGCCAUGGUCUUGAAUUUAUUAGCCUGACUAAUUCCAUUUAAGUCAAUGAGGCUGGUCAUUAGCGAAUUAACAGAUGUUAGAAGACUGCCUUUUUUUCUUUUUUCCACUAUGUGAAUCACAAUGAAGCUGUAAGUAAAUGUGAUCAUUUCUAUUUUAGCAAAGUAUUAACCACAUUGUCAAUUGCUGUAAGUAUGUGAAAUUUAGAGGUUCCUCUGGUGACAUCUGUGCUGUGUUCAUGUAACUAUUUGAUACAAAUAUGAUCAAGUUGCAAUAUUAUAAAUUUGGUGUUCUUUAUCUGCUGUCAUCACUGCCCUGUUCCUUGGCCAGAAUGGCUUCUGAAGCACCCAGGACAGGCUUUUGCAGAAAAGAAGAAAAUUAAACUAUCUUAGAAAUUGGCAACAGAGGGGAGGAAGUGCCAUGAUACUCAGUAAGCAAAAGCAGCUGUAGAAGUCUCUCAAACAGGGAUGCUUCAAUUUCUAAGAUCUCUCAGGUUUGAGCAGGUAUUUUAGCUCCUUACUCCUCCUUACUGUUGCACUGGGAAGAAAAGUUGGCUCAGGGCAACAAGAAAUGUAUUGCUUUUACACCGUUUGUUGUGUUUGUAGUAUUAUUGCAAUCCUGUAGCUACAGGCUGCAAAAAGGAUGGAUCUUGCGUGUGUCAGCUACUUGUGCACUGUCCAAGCCAUCAUGAUCAGUAGAGGCAUUAUAUAUAUCAAAUAGUUUUAAAUUAUAUUCUGUUUGUCUUGCAUUAUGUGACUGCUGACAGACUGGUGAGGAAUUUGUCACAAACACGAUGAAUUGCAAACAUUAUUCUGUUAUUCAGACCUCUGUAUAUCCAGCUGUUGUUCUGUGCACACAGCUAUCACGUGGGAUAACCAUGAAAGAUAGUGCUCUGGAUUUUGUCCAUCCACUGGUGCUGUUUUGCAUGCUUUUUCCAGUGAUUGAACAUUUUUGUGUCAGUGCUAUUGACUACUCUGCCUUACAGCCAUGCAUUUCAUUUCCCUUGUUAACUGAACAAGAUUCACAGUCUUCUGUGUGAAUCAUUCAAGAGUCACUCUGCUGAUAAUUUUGUACACUUUAGCUGAGAUGUUGAACAAAGUUGUUUCUGCAAUAAAGUUAGGCUGUAAUUACUGGGUGCAAUCAGACAUGGUGUUCCCAAGGAUCGGUUUUCAUUUUAUUUUCACCAAUAUUUUGUAAAUUACAUUUAAUUUGGAGCUUUCUCAUCUUAGCAGUUGAUCUGGAUAAAAGAAUAAUUUUUUCAUUAGCCCAAAAUGCAAAGGUAUAUGCAGAUGACCAAAAGAUGCAAAGUUUGUAUCUUAAAAUCAUUGACUUCAACUUUUUUUUCUUUGCCUCUGGUUCUAGUGAAACUAUAAUAAUUUGCAUUAAGUAUUUUUCAUUGAUCUGAAGAUGGUAUUACUUUGUCAUCAAACUGGGGUGCAUUUAUGAAAUGAGGUUAACCUCAACUGAAUGUUCACAAAUGUUCGGUAACAGGUUCAAACAAAUAAACUCUUUCAUGCAGGGAGAGUUAUUUUCUAUACACAGGCCAGUACUGACACCUUGUGGCUUUGUUCCUGACUUAUUUCAUAGCUUUGGCUGUAAAUAAUGAUUAACUUGCAGUUGUUGGCAUUGUCUAUCUCCUUUGCUUUGUGGCCACCUCAUUUUGGUAUCAUGUGUAAGAUAGCUUGGAACUUUGGUCUGUGUUGACUUGCACAUCGAGUGAAUAAAGAGCUAGAGGUGUCUCUGACCUCUUGAACAGGACUUGAAAGGUGUCAGUUCAGAGCACAAAAUCAUGGGUGCUAGUACAGAAACAGAAGUUACAAGUUUCUUGUUUACUAAUUAAUACCUGAUUUUUAUACUUCCCUCUACAUAGGAGAGCACCAAAGACUGUCAGUACUCAUCACAUGUGCUUUUAGGUGCAUACGUAUUUUCUCCACUGAAGUGAAAGCAUUCUUUUGCUGCCCUUUUCACCCUUGAAUUCCAAACAGGAAAAAUACAAUAAAAGAAAUCGUUGUAGAAUUUCUGGCAGUGUAGGAGCCUGUUAAGUUGCUAUUUGAAAUCUGUUGUGGAGUUAAGCUUUAGGUGCUGGGGUGUGUCUUGUGAAGAUCACACAUCCUCCCCUCAGUUGUCAAAGAUUCAGAGAUUGUUUUCUGAUGCUUAUGGGUCAUGUCCCUGUUCUUAAGUGAUCCUGUUGUGGUGAUAUAUAAAUUAGAAAUCUUUAUUUUAUUGCAUUAUUGGGUUUCCCCCCCCCCUUUCUAAUAUGUUUAGUUGUUUAUAAUGGAGGGUGAAAAAGAUAAUUGGAAAGGAAAGGUCUUAAACAGUAGGGACCAGAUCCUUGGCUUAUGUAAAACAAUAUUUAUAGCUUCACUCAAGUCAAGGAGGUGGCAUUAAUUUCUGUUCCUGCAGAACAUGGCUGACUGAGACUCUUACGAAAAAUCAAAGGAAUAAGGAUGUGCCUAACAAGAUUUGAUUUGCUGGUAUCUCUGUUUAGCUAGCAGAAGGAUUAGAACUCUCCGCUCUUCCCCUGUGUAAAUCUUAAUUGACACUUGCUAAUUGAACUUUAAUGCAAUAAAGGUAUUGUAAUAAGCAA